AUGUUGGGUUUCGUUUGUAAGAAAUUUCCGCAUUUGAGGUCCGCUGCUAGAUCUUCCGUCACUAUUUAUAAAUUUUAUGGAACAAAAGCGGGAGAUGAAUCCUUAAACCAAGUGAAGCAAGAAUCCUUUGUAGUUUCUUAUCUCGUAAAUAGAUGUGGGUUUGCUCCAGAAAAGGCUCUUUCAGCUUCUAGUUAUAUAAAGUUUAAAACGACAGAUAAACCAGACUCUGUGCUUUCGUUGUUGAAAAGCCAUGGAUUCUCAGAAACCCAGGUCUUAAAAGUUGUUCAAGGGUGCCCUCCAAUCCUGCUAAGUGAUCCUCAAAAUACCCUUUUGCCAAAGAUUGAAUUUUUCAAGUCUUUAGGGUUUACGGAGGAAGAUUUUACUCAAGUACUAUGUAGAGCCCCCAGUAUUUUCAAAAGAAGCCUGGAGAAUCAGCUCUUGCCAACUAUAAAUUUCCUUGAAAGAUUCAUUUCCUCUCCAGAGAAAAUAAGAGUUUGUGUGAAACGGGGCACAUGGAUUUUUUCUCCGUCUUGUCAGCAUUUAAUGGAAGAUAAUGUUCAAGUUUUGAGGGAAAUGGGAGUGCCCGAAUCAAGAAUUGCGCAUUAUGUUCAUCACCAGCCUAGGUUGAUCACCAAGGACAAGGACAAGUUUAGAAAGGUUCUGGAGGAAGUGAAGGGACUGGGGUUUGAGCCGACGAGGAAAACAUUUAUGGUGGCGGUUCAUGUGUUCUGUUCCAUGAGUAAAUCGACUUGGGAAAAGAAGAUACGUAUUUAUAAGAAGUGGGGGCUUACAGAGGCUGAGAUUCUUGAAACCUUUGGGAAGAAUCCUUGGUUCAUGUCAUGCUCCGAGGAAAAGAUUCAAGGGGCGAUGGAUUUUCUUGUCAACAAAAUGGGGUUCAAACCUUCUGAUCUUAUGAGAAACCCUGUGACCAUUACUUUUAGUUUGAAGAAGAGGAUUAUUCCUCGAUGUUUGGUUUAUCAAACUUUGUCGGCUGAGGGUUUGCUAUUGAAGGACUUGAAAUUACUCACUAAGAUGUUGUUCGUUUCUGAGGAAAAGUUCCUAAUGAAGUUUGUAGAGUGCUACAAGAAAGACGUUCCUGAACUGCUUAAGCUAUAUCAGUUAUCUUGCCUAAAGUAG